AGCAACCCUAUCAAAGUUGCAGCCGCGUUAAUGAUCAGCCCGCAGAACCCAUCGUCGGUAUCAGUGAUUCGCCGCCUACCACAUCAGACCAGAUAAAGACGCAGACGUCACAGGAGUGCCACUGGGCAUGUCCCUCCAGCCCCUCGCUAACCCGACCGCUGGACGUCAAAGACAAAGAAGGACUUGACCGUCAAGACGGACGCUGCGUCACCGCCCUCCUCACCCCGAUGCAUCGACCAACACUCCGGCCCUGAUCAAGACACCUUGUUUUUUUUUCGCCACCCGUGGACCCGCGGACCCGUGCUCUCCCGUUGUUGACAGAUCCACAGGAAUCAUGGUCACUCCGUGGACAUUGGUCCCUCUUCUGGUCUGUCUGACGCUGACCGACGCCUUACACGAGCCUGGAAUUUGUGCGUUCUAUGAUGAGUGUGCAAGGAACCCACUGGUAGAAGGGUCGCUCCUUCCACCGAUGGUCCCCUGCGUGGACUACAAACCUGCCCGACUGGUGAUCGGAGAGGACUACAAAAAACUCAAAACGCUGUGUCCUAUGCUGGACCGAGGCGAGGGAAGGACGCGCGCCUGCUGCUCCAGCAAACAGAUAAAAUCGCUCGACAUGAGUCUGAGUCUGUCCAAGGCCGUCCUGAACCGGUGUCCUUCCUGUGCCGACAACUUCGCCCAUUUGCACUGCAUCAACACCUGCAGCCCCAACCAGACCCUAACGGUGAAAGUCACGAGGACCAUGAACGUCACCGCACUGAACAAGACGAAGGAGGUCGUGGUGGGUUACCAAGCGUUCCUCUCCAGCGCCUUCGCCGAAGGCGCCUUUGACUCCUGCAAGAAUGUCCGGAUCCCUGCCACCGGAGGGUACGCCAUUUCCACCAUGUGUGGCCGCUACGGCCACAAGCUGUGCACGGCCCAGCGUUGGUACGACUUCCAGGGUGACUCCAGUAACGGCCUGGCCCCGCUCGACAUCGACUUCAGCCUGGUAAAGGAGGGCGAGACCGAGGGGAUACCCGACGGCGUUGUUCCCUACGACGGGGAAUCCUUCAGGUGCAACGAGACCACACCGACCGGAGGUAUUGCCUGCUCCUGCCAGGACUGCCAGAGCUCCUGUCCCAGCGUGCCUCCCCCGCCACCGCCCGUCGCUCCCUUCAGAUUGUUGGGGACGGACGGCUUCUUGGUCAUCUCCGUUAUUUUACUCUGUCUCCUGAUACUCACCUUCCUCCUGUACCUCGCCGUGUCCUACUGGGUGAGCUCUCGGAGGAAACACGAUCAAGAGCGAGGGCAGAGAAAGAAGAAUGGCAAGAACAGCAACGACGUUAGCGAACUGGUGGUUCAUCCGUCACAGGUGACCUGCGCCGAGAAGAACAGCCUGGCAGCCCAAGCUCUGCUGAGCUCAGGAUUCAGGAACUGGGGAACCGUCAUGGCCACCUAUCCCCUGACAGUGCUCCUGUUCUCAGCCAUCAUCGUGGCCAUUUUCUCUGCCGGCCUCAAGUCCAUCGAGCUCACCACCGACCCAGUGGAGCUGUGGUCCUCCCCCAACAGCCGCGCCCGUCAGGAGAAGGACUUCCACGACAGGAACUUUGGGCCAUUUUUCCGGACCAACCAGCUGAUCCUGACGGCCCCCGACAGAACGGGCCACGUUUAUGAUUCUCUGCUGUUCGGACGACUGAACCUGAGCGAAGUUCUAUCCAAGGACCUCAUCCUGGAGCUCCUGGCGCUCCAGCAACGAAUACAGAACAUCGAGUUUUGGUCGGAUGACCUGAACCGCACGGCAAGUUUGAAGGACGUCUGCUUCGCUCCGCUGAAUCCAUCCGAGCCCUCGCUGAGCGACUGUGCCGUCAACAGUUUGCCGCAGUACUUCCAGAACAGUGUGGACAACAUCAAUAAGAAGGUGAACAUGACGGAGCUGGGUGUGACCAAGGAGGUGGACUGGAGGGACCACCUCUUCUACUGCCUCAACUCCCCCCUCUCCUUCAAGGACAUCACCGACUUAGAUCUGAGCUGCAUGGCAGACUACGGCGCUCCUGUCUUCCCCUUCUUAGCUGUGGGCGGCUACGAGGGUGACGACUAUACAAACGCUAAGGCUUUGAUCGCUACCUUCUCCCUCAAUAACUACGCCCGCAACAACUCCAAAUUUAAAGUGGCCAUGCAGUGGGAGCAAGAAUUUCUCAAAAUUGUUCAAGAAUACCAGAAGAGCCCGAACAGCAAUUUCACUUUCGCGUACAUGGCAGAGAGAUCUUUGGAGGAUGAGAUUAACCGGACAACCGCCGAGGACAUCCCGAUCUUCAUGAUCAGCUACGCUGUCAUCUUCGUCUACAUUGCUGUGGCCCUCGGGGAGUACUCUUCGUGGAAACGCAUACUGGUGGACUCCAAGUUCUUGGUGGGUCUGGGUGGGAUUCUGGUGGUGGGCUGUUCUGUGCUAGCCUCCAUGGGCUUCUACUCCUGGAUCGGCAUCCCUUCUUCACUGGUCAUCCUGCAGGUGGUGCCUUUCCUGGUUCUUGCCGUAGGCGCCGACAACAUCUUUAUCUUCGUCUUGGAAUAUCAGAGGGACGUGAGGAGGCACGGAGAAAAACGGGAGGAGCAGAUUGGCCGCGUCCUCGGAAACGUCGCUCCCAGCAUGCUGCUGUGCAGUCUGUCGGAGUCCAUCUGCUUCUUCUUAGGGGCUCUGUCCACCAUGCCGGCCGUCAAGUCCUUCGCCUUGUACGCUGCUCUGGCGGUCCUCAUGGACUUCAUCCUCCAGAUCACCGCCUUCGUGGCACUGCUGUCGCUGGAUGCGAGGCGGCAGGACAGCAACCGAUGUGAACUGUUCUGCUGUGUCAAAGUUUCCGCUCCGCAUAAGCCGAGCGAGGGUUUUCUGCUGCCGUUCAUGAGGAAGUACUACGCGCCCGUCCUACUGCACAGAUACACCCGGAUCGUAGUGAUGUUGGCCUUCAUCUUCAUGUUCUGCGCUUCUAUCUUCCUCAUGUUCAACGUCAAGGUCGGACUGGAUCAGGAGCUAGCCAUGCCGCAGGAUUCGUACAUGUUGGACUAUUUCAAGUACCUGUACAAGUACUUCGAGGUCGGAGCCCCUGUUUACUUUGUGACGAAGCGGGGCUACGACUUCACCACAGUGGAAGGCAUGGACGGCAUCUGCUCCAGCGUGGGCUGCGACCAGUUCUCUCUCACCCAGAAGAUCCAGUACGCCACCAAUUAUGCUGACAAGUCCUACCUGGGCAUUCCCUCCAACUCCUGGGUGGACGACUUCAUUGACUGGUUGAAUCCCGGCUCCAAGUGCUGUCGCCUGUAUUCCUUCGGACCAAACGCCGGGAAGUUCUGUCCCGCGAGUGAACCCUCCUUCCUGUGUCUUCAGAAAUGUGUUCCCCCUCCGCCCGACGGCGUCCUCAGACCCACCGUUGAGAAGUUCAACCGCUUCCUCCCCGACUUUCUGGGCAAUAGGCCGGACCUACAGUGUCCCAAAGGGGGUCUCGGAGCCUACGACACCGCCGUGGUCCGAGAUGGGAGCGGAGAAAUUAUAGCCUCCCGCUUCAUGGCGUACCACACUCCUCUGACCAACUCCCAGGAGUUCACGGCUGCACUGAUCAAGUCCAGAGAACUGGCCCUCAACAUCACCCGGAGCAUGAGGCAAAUACCGGGCACCUCCCCCGACUUCGAGGUCUUCCCAUACACGCUAACCAACGUGUUCUACGAGCAGUACCUAACCAUCGUACCCGAGGGCCUCUUCAACAUCUCCCUGUGUCUGCUGCCCACGUUCGUGGUGUGCUGCCUCCUGCUGGGCCUGGACAUCCGCUCCGGGCUGCUCAACCUGCUGACCAUCGUCAUGAUCGUCGUGGACACUGUGGGGGUCAUGACCUUGUGGAGCAUUGACUACAACGCCGUGGCGCUCAUCAACUUGGUCACGGCGGUGGGAAUCUCCGUGGAGUUCGUGUCGCACAUGACGAGAUCGUUCGCCCUUAGCACCAGGAGGACCCGCGUAGAACGGGCUAUGGAGGCCACGGCCAACAUGGGCAGUGCCGUUUUUGCCGGCGUUGCGAUGACCAACCUCCCGGGGAUCCUGGUGCUAGCGCUAGCCAAAGCCCAGCUGAUCCAGAUUUUCUUCUUCCGACUGAACCUCGUCAUCACGCUGUUGGGAAUGGCCCACGGACUCAUAUUCCUCCCCGUGCUGCUCAGCUACUUCGGUCCCGGUGUCAACAAGGCGGUUCUGCUGCAGCAGCAGCUGGAGAAACAGAAGGCCAAUCAGGAGCCGGAGCCGCAGAGACACGUCUACGACAACAUGGCCUACCGAGCCAGCGACGCGAAAGAGGAGGCGGAGUCCAACGGUAAUCCGUUUGCCGCGAAAGACACGAACGCGAGUUCGAUCGCGGACGCCGAGGAGAGAGUUGACCGUUUAUGAGAGGCUAUGCAAGAACGGUUGACGGCGAGUUUUACCUACCUGACAAACUGGAAACAGACGGCGGCAACUCCGCCGCAGACGGACUUCAAGGACCGUCGACAACAACCAUCAACUCAGAGUUGUGCAAUAUUUCUGAACAAUGCAAUAGCACGAAGAGAGACUCCGGCGAGAAAGAGAACAAAUGUUCUAGAAUUAUUUUUUAUUUUUUUUAAGUGAUUUCUUUUUUUUUUUUUUAAGGUGGAACCUUUAAACUUGCACCGUUUCAGGUGAUUUCAUGAAACGCACUCCAGCACUUCACCUGAUAGUUGAUAAAAUGUGCAAUCACUCAAAAUAUUUUUAUUAUACGAAUAAAUAUUCUUAUUAAUAA